ACUUGCAAAGGCCGAAUCCAUGUAGAACAAUCGGCCCCGGACCGUAGGUGGCUGCAGGAAUUUCCAAACUCCACUGCUCUAGAAACACAGACAUUUGGGAUGUUGGAACCGUCAUCCCGUAUCCCUGAGGAUAAAAAGGAGCACUUUCUCCAACUUCCCCUUCAUCAGCUCAACUCAAAAGUCGUUGCCAACAAACAAGUCAAUCAAGCCCAAACUUGAUACCUUCUUCUAUCUUUUCAUACCCUUAUACCUCUUUCAAGAAUGAAAUCAGUCGCUGUCGCUGCUGCGCUUGUGGCCUCUCUGGCCGCUGCUGGUGCUCAGAUAGUUACCCUCCCGCACGGAGGGAAACUCAAGGGUAGCAAGGGACCCGGAUUCGAUGAGUAUCACGGAGUACCCUUCGCUGCUCCCCCUACUGGGAAUCUUCGUUGGAAGUCCCCUCAGCCUCCGUCCCAAUGGAACGGUGUCCGUGACGCAACCAAAUGGGGAGGAAGUUGCGUUCAAUUUGAUCCUAACGCACAAUACCCAAACAACUUCCCUCUUUACGAGUUCAUGAGCGAUCUCAUUUCUCCUGAUGCUUCCAAAGCUCCAAACAGUGAGGACUGUUUAUACCUGAAUGUUUACGUUCCCCGCGGUGGAGCCAAGAAUAAGCCCGUUGUCAUGUUCUUGCACGGUGGUGGUCUUAUUUUCGGUGGUGCUGCCCAGCCAGUUCUUGAUGGUUCCUUCUUGGCUGCCUCCAACAAGGACGCUAUCAUCGUUACGGCGAACUACCGCCUCGGUGCCUUUGGAUACCUCGGCUCUUCUGAACUUGCUGCCGACAACACAGACGGAUCUACCGGUAACUUCGGUUGGUUGGAUCAGACUGCCGCAUUGCAGUGGAUCCAAGACAACAUUAGCGCUUUUGGCGGUGACCCCACGCGUGUGACUCUCUGGGGUCAAUCAGCCGGUGCCCAAUCUGUUCUAUGGCAUCUCAUCUACACGAACCAGAAGGCUGAGGCUGCCGGAAAGCCUAAGCUCUUCCAACAAGUCGUUAUGGACUCUCCCAACCCCCCAUUGAAGCCCUACGCUCUUGCCACCGCUCAAAUGCGUUUCAACAACAUGGUCACAUCCUUCAACUGCGCCGGAGCAUCAGCGGCGGACACAAUCGCAUGUCUCCGCUCCAAGACCACUGACGAGAUUAAUAACUACCAACGGGACCUUUGGACCACUCUGUACCGCGCCAAUGGCGCUGGUCCCUUCGCCAUGACCGUUGACGGUGCGGCAAUUCCCGUCAAUGCAUGGGCCAAGUUCUUGGCAGGUGAAUACGACCACGAUGUCAAAAUUCUCAUCGGAGGUAACGGCAAUGAAGGAACCGGUUUCCUCCGUGAGGAUGAGCCAUUCCCUACUUUGGACGCCUUCAUAGCCGGUCGCUUUGGUUGGGUUCCUGCCAGCUACCGUCAGCAGAUCGUCAACAAUGUGUAUCCCAGCACCACUCUCACACUCCGGGAACAGAAAGUUGGAGUGUAUGGUGACUUGUUGUUCAAUUGUCCCAAUCGCUACCUUGCUCGUAAAUGGGCCAGCAGCAACCCCAAGGUCUGGUACUACAAAUUCACCGAGCAGACCAACUUCACCAACGACACCAUCCUACUCGGAUCUCCUCACGCUUCCGAAUUGGCCUACUUCUUCAACCACCUACCUGCCCUAGAACGUAAAGACGAGUUCCUCCUUGCCUACCGCAUGAGCCAGGCGAUCUUGAACUUUGUCACUGCCGGUGACCCUAAUGGCGCCAAGAAACCCAAAGAGGACAAAAAGCGCAAAGACCAGGUUGUUUGGCCAGCUUAUACAGGGGCCGGUGGCAGCGUCAUCAACUUUGAUGCAGAAACCAAAAUCAUCACAGACGCUAACGCCAAUUGCGACUUCUUCGAUGGAAUGUACAAUGCCCUUCUGCCUUAAAAACCUAAACAACCAGUUCGCCUAAACAAAAACAUAAAGAAAAUCACCAACAUUUCAAAAAGCGUAAUGAUAGAAAUAAAACAAUAGAAAACCCGUAGAAACUAUUUAAGAAAGUAGAAACUCUAGGCAGAACUGUAACAAAACGAAAAUUAAAAAUACUCUAUUAUCAGAAAAUAAAAAACCGCUUAAGUGUGCUACUAGAAUA